AUGGGUCAGAGCAUGUCAUGGCUGUCUAGCCUGUCCAACCUCUUUUGGACAAAGAAGGAGAUCCGCAUUCUGAUAUUGGGCCUCGAUAAUGCCGGAAAGACAACACUACUAUACAGGCUCAAGAUUGGCGAGGUAGUAACCACGAUACCAACAAUCGGUUUCAACGUCGAAUCAGUCACAUACAAGAAUCUCAACUUCAAUGUGUGGGAUCUGGGUGGUCAGACCAGCAUCCGCCCGUACUGGAGGUGCUACUAUGCGAACACGGCGGCGGUAAUAUUCGUUGUUGACUCGACCGAUAUGGAGCGAUUGCAAACCGCGGCGGACGAGUUGGCCGCUAUGUUGAACGAGGAAGAGCUGAAGGACGCUGCCCUUUUGGUGUUUGCCAACAAGCAAGAUCAGCCAGGUGCAAAGGGGGCGGCAGAUAUCUCUCAGGCUCUCCGCCUGGGCGAGCUAAGGGACAGGAACUGGAGCAUCAUGGCCUGCAGUGCAGUGGAGGGGACAGGCAUCACAGAGGGCAUGGAUUGGUUGGUGCAAACCGUAAAAGAGGAGUAGUGGCCAAAGCAGGGAAUGCGCAAACAUCACCACCGGCUUUGAGAUGACGAGGAGAAUCUGUACAACAACAAAUGACAACAACAUCAACAUUCGGGAAUAGGUCGUACCGACGGAAUUACAUACCGGCACAUGACUUGGGUAUAUCGGAUACGUAUGGCGGCGGCAGGCCGGGUUUCUCGGCGUUCUUGGGGGUUAUGUCCCGUGGUGGUUGGUACCAGCGGAUGCCUUGAUGACAAACAAAACGACAUAAGGGUUCAGAGAUUUCUGCCUACAUAUAUCAGCUUACGAGCUUUCUAUAGCCUUCUUUUAAUUAAUGGACUGGCUCCGGCGACUAUUCAACGUCGGAUCGUCGGGUAUUGAGACU